UCUGGAUUUGAGGAAUAAAAGCCUCGUUUGCUCGAUGCUUGUGAAUAAUUUGUGAUUCAGGCUGUCGGACCAGGGUCUUCAAAUAAUGGCAGAGAAACCAAACCCAGAGGGGCACCACUUAGCUGCAGAUGUCUUUGCUGCGAAAGGCAAACGCGUCCACCGCUGGAGCUAUGUGAAGUUUGUCACACUGCUGGCUCUGAUGGUUAUUUUGCUACUGCUCGGUUCGUUUGGUGCUCACUACUGCUGGGAGCAGAGGGAGAGCAAGGUUUAUGACGUACUUUAUCGAAUAAACAUCAAUGGUACCAUCAAAGAAAGUUUAAUGAAGAUUGAUGCGGUAAACAGCUUUGAGACAUUCAGAACCGGAAAUGGUAGUGAAGAAUCUGUAGAAAUUCAUGAUUUUAAAAGUGGACUAACAGGGAUAUGGUUCGCUGGAGGAGAAAAAUGCUACAUCAAAAGACAAAAUAAAAUUAUUCUUCCCAAUACCGCACCUAUCAAGAAUGAUGAAGAAUUGAUUGGUCUGCAAGAUGAAAUUAUGCCAGUGAAGUUCGACGAGGCUGUUGUUUGGGUGGCAGCUGAACAACCAAUUAAGGACCAACGUUUUCUGCUGAAUUCAAAAGUCUUGGAAGUGUGUGGAAAUCUUCCAAUUUAUUGGCUUCGUCCAUCAUAUUUGAAAGACCCAGGAUUUUACGAUUUUGGAGAACCAGAGAAUGCUGAAGAAGAUGCAUUCACUGAACACUCGGACACUGAAGCCAACAGAAAACGCCUAUCACGUUCAGUGGAUGAUGAUCUGCAUGACUAUAGAGAACAUGGGCUCUACAUUGAUCCUUGGUAUGACCAGAAUGGAUUCUGUUGUGCUGAAUGUCACCGUGGACAUCGAUAUUGCCAGCGAGUCUGUGAACCUCUCGGUGGCUACAUGCCAUAUCCUUACCACUACCGAGGUUGUCGUGUUAUUUGCCGGAUUAUCAUGCCAUGCAAUUGGUGGGUUGCACGCAUCCUGGGGAGGGUAUAAAAUCAGUUCUCUGCAAUAAGUGUGUCAGCGGACUUCAGUGCCUGUUGCAGCUUCUUUCGUUGUCCCUCCUGCAAAAUGUCUAGGUCUUUGAAUCUGAUUGCCAACAACAUUAAAACGUAUUACCUGUUCUAAUUAAAGAAGGAAUUCUAACAUUCCACUUUCCUUUAAGAAUAUCGCAAGGAAGAUCAGACAUUGCAGCUUUGAACAACAUUUUUUUCAUUUUCUGUAUGAUUUAACAUUUGAUUAACUGUGUGGGAGUAUGUUUAGUUUAUGGCUGACAGCUAAUGUUCUUUCAUGAACCCCAAGUUUGUGCAUCUCAUCGAGUAUCAAACACCUAAUAUUCUGAUUCAGAAGAAUUGCAGGCUGUUAUCUAUUUUAGAAUUUUUAUUUCAAUGUAAACUUUCCAUGCAGUUGCCAAAGUCUUUGAACAAGAGAAUACAUUAAAGUAUGUGACAAAGGAACAUAAUUUCUCAAGUACUGAAAUUAAUUUAGUCCUGUGGAGAAUCUCAACAUAGGUCACUAUGAACAAACUACACCCACACAACAAAACUCAUUACGUUUUUUUUCUUUUAAAUAUUAAACUUUGUAAACAUUAAUCAUAGAAUUUUUCAUGUUGUCCACAUAAAGGUUCUCUUCAGGCAGCAGGGCACAAGUUACAAAAUAUAUACGUACUUAAUCAUAAUUUGCUAAUGGAAAAUUAUCUUUUCUACCACUUGUGGUGUUAUCUUUGGUCCCUCACUGCACAGCUUAAAAAAACAAGAUCAUCUUCAUUGUAAAUGUAUUGCAUUCUUAAUCUGGAAUUUCUGAAAUAUCACAAUCCAUUAUUAUUUUCUCUAUGCGUUUCAUAUUGGUCAAUCGUUGUAGGAACAUUUUGUACUUAGAAUGGUGUCUUUAUGAUUCCACAAAACUAAUAAAUCUAUCUAUUCAUAAAAAAUAAAACAAACUUUAGCUUCUCUCAACUUGGCAUAUUUUUCGAUCCCUUUCACACUUCAUAUGUCUCACAUACAAGGUAAGGUUCAUUGCAGAGAGGUAAAGUUGAUCAUUGACGAGACAAAGAGAAAUGACUUUCUUAUGACCUCCAAUUGACUUGAUGAUCUGCUAAAAGCAGUUAGUCUCCAAUUAGCCUGGGCGAACAAGCAAUUACACUUCAUGGCUGUAAUAGGGACAGACUGAGCUAUACAUAACUGGUUUUAGCAGCAGAAUUUGUGGAUUAUUUGUAGGAUCAUUUUAAUGAGAAAUUGUCAAGAUGUGAUGGGCUGCUGUUUUACAGCCUGUCUGGUUUUGCCUUCUCUCGUGCUGGUGUCCUACCUCUGAGCCAAAAGACCUACAUUCAAGUCCCAUCUGCUUCAGAGGUGGGUCAGAACGGUUUGAUUAAAAACAUCUAGAAAGUAAAUCCUCUGUUAGCAGCCCAGAGCCAUUUGUAAUUACCAGGAAAUGCAGGUUUUAUUAAAACUACUGAUAUGUUUUUAAUAUUACUUGAUAUUAUUAUUUUGAUUUAGAGUCCUGCUAUUAUGCUUAAAGUCACCUGUCAUGAAGGAUUAAAUGGAGACAAGAAACCAUUAGACCAGUAAUAAAUUUAACCCAUCUUGAUCAUUCUCAAUUCCAAUGAAAAAUACAUCGUGCACAAACCAGGCCAUGUUCACUGUAGGUAACCAAGCUGCCUCAGUAACGGAAUUAGUGAAAAAUAGGUUGAAACAAGUCGGGGAUUACAAAAAAACUACUGGAUCACAGGUAUUGACCAAAUAGGCUAUUUACACAAUAAUAGUGUUGUUAAAGUAGAUUUUGUGGAUAACAGACUCACUUUUUUAAAAAAAAUGAGUACUAUUUGAAUUGUAUCCUUCAGCAAUCAGCAACAUUCUGUAGACGUGCUGUAGCAUUUUCCAUAGUCCAGAGAUUGAGCUGAAAAAAAGUUACUUCAUGUUCCCAAAGGUCAAUUGUCACAACACAUGCAUGUUCAGCCUCUUGCAUGUAUAAUGCUUAUAGCAGCUUUUGAAAAUGCAAUCAGUUCAGCAUUCCUCAUUGGUGGGAAUUAAGAGCCAUUACAUUUCCACUAUAGAAUGCACUAGUGUUUUGAAAUGAAUUAAAACUGAAUAAGCCACCAUGAUUUCUAAAGCACUGUAAUUGCUGUCUUUGUUCAAAAUAGAUAUGAUUGAAGUUACUUUUGCAACCAGCACACUUGAAAGGUGAUGUGAGCUCAAAUCCGUAGAAUGAAUCAUUUUUUGACAGUGCCUCAGAAUUCCAAGCCAGAAUAAGUUAAGACAUAAUUGAAUUGUUUAAUGUUAAAUAAAGGAUUUUUAUUCCACAUGAAUAUUCAGUUUUUUCUAACAUCUAGAAAUGAACAUCCCUCAUGAACCGCAAAAUCACAUCUACCUUUUGUUCAGCACCAGCCUCAUCCAUUGAAAGCUCAAAAGAAUUCAAAAUGACAGCAGUUCAGGGCAGGGUUCUCGGUUUUAGUUUGAGACUCUGGCUUCAUGUGAGGAUCACAAUCUUGCAGUAUGUGGGAAACAGUCAACCUGCAGUGAUUUUCCCAGAACAGGCCAAUUAGUGGGUAAGAAACCUCACAAUCCAAUUAAGCAUGCCAGGCUAGCUUGCAAGGCUGGAAAGCCAAUAAGACACCCUACUGCUCUGUGGUACUCUGUUCAUAUCAUAUUUGGGUUUGCUUUGAUUGGCUCAUCUCCCUCAUUCUUGAGAUUCAUGUAGCUUCCCAUUGUAACAACAACUGAAACACCAUGCACGUGGUACAUGCACUGUGUAAAGGUCCAGUACUCAUGCAAUAUACCACUGCACUCAUUAAGAUCCUUGCUUCAUUCGCCUUUUAAAAACUUAUACGAAGCACAAAUCCAAUUGAGAGAGUGCAGAUGGUACAAUAGUUGGGUUUGUAUUUUCAUUCACAGCCUUCUUACAUAACAUCAAUUCAUUUAAGUCCAACGCAGUGCUUUAGAAGGAACCAAACUAAUGUACACUAUACAGUAUCAUAAAGAUAUUUUAAUUGCAUGUAUUUAAAGUUAUCUGAAAAAUGUAUAAUGUUGCACUGCAUGGAUUAAUAAAGUUCAUAACAAAGGUGCAAGAA